CGGCUCUGCCGGGCCAGGCUCCCGCGCUCCCGCCGGCGGGCUGCCGGAACGUGCGCGACAAGCCGCCCGGCUUCAGCACCAAUGGCGUCGGCCGUCCCUCCAAACUUCUCCUGGGUGGUGCCCGGCAAGCUGGCAGGGCUGGCCAUGCCACGGCAGCCCUCACACUACCAGUACAUGCAUGAGCAUGGCAUCCGGCACCUGGUGUCGCUGACCGAGCGCAGCCCACCCAACCACGACACCUGCCCUGACAUCAAGCACCAUCAUCUCUGCAUCCAGGACUUCUGAGCCCCGUCGCUGGAGCAGAUCAAGCACUUCCUGCAGAUUGUGGAGGACGCCAGCAACAAAGGCGAGGCCGUGGCGGUGCACUGCAUGCUGGGAUUUGAGGGAACCAUGCUGGCCUGUUACCUGGUGAAGGCCCAGAAACUCACUGGGGUCGACGCCAUCCACGAGAUCCGGAGAAUCCGGCCUGGAGCCAUCGAAACGCAUGACCAGGAGAAAGCCGUGAUCCAGUUCCACCACCACAUCAAAUAGCCACAGCCAGAGGCACCCCCCGCCCCCUAUGCAGGGUGUGGGUGGGGGGGCAGAGGGACGGGGCUGCUCAGCUAUACAGACACCUGCAGGAGGACCCUCCUGGGCCUGUGGCUAGGUGUUUCUGGACCCAUGGAGGG